AUGCCCAUAUAUAGUGAAGUUUGUUCGUCAUAUUUAGUAGAUGAAGAUUGGAUCGAUUCAUUAUACGGUAAAAAAAUGGCAAAUGACCAUGAUUCCUAUGCAUAUGCAAUGCUGCCAAUACAAUUCCAUUUCCUUGCAUCCGUAUGCCAAUUAACUGCGAAGAUGGUUGAUCUAAAUCUAAAACAAUUUCAUUCAACAACAUGGAUUAGCAACGAAUUGAAUUCUAUGGACUUAUUUCAAAAUAAAGUCAACAAAACUGUUAGUUCAUUUAAACGAUCAACGGCACAAAAAUUUAAAGAAAUAUUUGACAUGAAUCGUGAAAUUCUUCAUGGAAAUACAUUCAUAUCAGCUCUUCAAACAAACUGGAAAUAUAUCGGUUCUGGUUUCAAGAAUAACACAGUAAUAAUGUAUACAAAGCCAAUAUCAUAUAAUAAUCAGUCAUGUACAUGUGCAACUUCAUUACAGUGUUCUGAACCAAUGAUAAUUGAUCAUAAAAUUGUCGAAGGCUUAUUUAUUGGUUGUUAUCCAGUGGAAACUAUGCUGCAAUCGUCAUUACAAUGUUUUUAUAAUAAGAGUUGCUAUAAUUCGAUCAUGCCGGAUAUUUCAGCAGAGUUAAUGCCCAGUGGUGAUCAGUCAGAACGUAAAUAUCUUCUAAAUGAAACUAUUCAACAAAUGGUUGAUCGACUAUUUGUUGACGAAUGGCAUUUUAAAGAAUCAUAUCAAAAUUAUUCUGAAAAAUGUCGUGCAACACAUUGUACUUAUUCAUUUACACAGAGUUUCAAUAUACUCGUUCUAUUAAGAACUAUAUUACAGUACUAUGGAGGUUUAGAUAUUACAUUAAGUGUCGUGAUUUCGUUUAUUGUUCAUAUUAUAUUUCGGAUUUAUUAUAGAAGAAGCCAAAUAUUAGUGGUACCAGAACAAUCAACAACCGAUUAG